UAAAGCGAUUGAAUUCAUGGACCCCUACAUAUUGGUAUAGUCCCAUUUGCUUUCAUUGUAUCAGACAGUUGAGUUUCAAUUUCACUACUGUAAUUUAAAAAAAAAACCCUGUAAACGGCUUGUUACAACUGACACCAAAUCGAAACAAGGAUAAAAUCAAGGCGCAGACGGCAGACAUUCGGGCUUUAAAACUUUAAAACUGCCAGUUGUCGAGACAGACCAGACUAUGGCGUUUCAGAUGUCAAAACUUGCUGCUCGUGUUUCGCUCUCCAAAAGCGUUGGGUUCAUACCCAGCGCAGGAAACAGAUGUCCGAGUCAUCUCAAUUUCAUCAGCAGACUUGCACAUCGCUCCUUUCAUGCACUCUGCACCGCGGGCAGGGGGUCUGCGACUAUCAAAGUGCUGCCUUCCCCGGGGCUCUUACGUAAAGCAGACAGGUGGGAGAAGGUUUCCACGGCCUCUAAGUCACUUCACAGGCAGAGUGGAUGGGCUGUUAAGCCGAACCGCACCACCAGGGUGGUUGUAAGCGUCAUCGGGGUCUCAGCUGCAGUGUUGGCCUCUCUGAGUACGAGCACGCUGCACGCCAUGAACGCGCGGCCCGACCUGAACCUGGAUUCAGAGAGCAGUGACUGGAAAGAGGCAAAGAAGAAGCUCUGCUCCAUGGACAAGGAGAAAAGGAGGGAAGUGUACAGGGUUGACUUUAUUCCUCUGGAGAAGAUUCCUGUCUGGAGUCCAUCAGGUGUCUCCUCUCGUGAGCCUCGGUACAAAGUCAAUGAAGAGCUGAAUAAGAAAAUAUCCCUCUUUACCGGUGACAUUACGAAACUGGAAAUAGACGCAAUCGCUAAUGCAGCUAACAAGACACUUCUGGGUGGAGGAGGAGUGGAUGGUGCCAUUCAUCGUGGGGCUGGUCCUCUGUUAAGGAGGGAAUGCGCUACUCUGAACGGCUGUGAAACGGGGGAGGCCAAGAUCACCGGAGCCUACGGUCUGCCUGCAAAAUAUGUUAUUCACACCGUGGGGCCGAUAGUGCACGAUUCAGUGGGGGAGAGAGAAGAACAAGCACUGAGAAACUGUUAUUAUAACUGUCUGCACACAGCGACUAAGAACCACCUGCGGACUGUGGCUUUUCCCUGCAUCUCCACUGGAGUGUACGGAUAUCCACCUGAUCAAGCGGUCGAAGUUGCCCUGAGAACAGUGAGAGAAUACCUGGAGCAAAACCACGAGAAGCUGGACCGGGUCAUCUUCUGUGUGUUUCUGAAGUCUGACAAAGAGCUCUACGAAACAAUGUUGCCUGCAUACUUCCCACGAGGUUCAGCACCAAAGAGCAAAUUAUGAGAGGAUGGCAUAGUUGCUGUGGAAACGCCACACAAACCGCUUUUCCGUCACAUCACUGUCUCGCUUUUACCUGAUGCAGCCCCUACAAACAACAACAACAACAGCUGCCUGACACCACCUGAUUUAUUCAUAUCACCAAACCAGUGCUACACGGAAUUCUAUGAUUGCUGUCAGCUUCCUGUUGAGAGUCAUAUUGCUAUUGGAUUUCUGUUAAUAUUAAUAACAAUGUGGGCUUGCAAGUGGUAGCACACCAUUAAAUGUAACAUUUACUCAUCCACAUAGAUGCAUUUCUUUCUUUUUUCUUGUUUUUUUGUCUGUACAAUGGAGGUCAAUGGGGUCCAAUGCUGUUUGAACCCCAACGUUCCUCAAAAGAAAGAAAUGCAUGUGUUUUGAACUCUCUAACACGAUGAGGGUGAGUAAAUACUGACUGAAAAUUUUUGCUUUAUAUUUUUUUUCCAGUUGAUUUCAGAAAUAAUCCCAUGCUUAUGGAAGCCCGUCUUUGCCACUGAAUAAAAAAUGAAAACGGUUAUUGCGACUUUUUAUCACACAAUUCUGACUUUUUUUCUCUGAAUUGAUUAAUACAAACUCUCAAUUCUAACUUUUUUUCCCAGAAUUGUGAAAUAUAAACUCGCAAUUGUGAGUUAUAAAGUCAGAAUUGCAAGAUAUAAACUCGCAAUUCUGAGAAAUAAAGUCGCAAUUGCGAGUUAUAAAGUCAGAAUUUGUGAUAUAAACUCACAAUUGUGAGGAAAAAAGUCAGAGUUGAGAUCAAAAGUUGAUCAAAAGACUUUAUUUCUCAAAAUUCCGAGUUUAUAUGAUGCAAUUCUGAGGAAAAAAAAGUCAGAAUUCCGAGUUUAUAUGAUGCAAUUCUGAGGAAAAAACUCAAAAUUCCAAGUUUAUAUGAUGCAAUUCUGAGAAAAAAAGUCAAAAUUCCGAGUUCGUGACACAAUACUAAGAACAAAAAGUGAGAAUUCCGAGUUUAUAUGAUGCAAUUCUGAGGAAAAAAAGGCAGAAUUCCGAGUUUAUAUGAUGCAAUUCUGAAAAAAAAGGCAGAAUUCCGAAUUUAUAUGACAUAAUUCUGCAUUUGUAUUCCACAAUUCUGACUUUAUAACUCACAACUUUGAGAAAAAACUGUAAGAAUUGCGAGGGGGAAAAAAGUCUGAAUUGUGAGAUUAAAAAGUACCUUUUAUUUUUUAUUCAGUGGCACAAAUGGGUUUCCGUACAUACCUGUGAAUGACCAUUUAAGUCUUUAAAUUCUGUCUUUGAAAUCUAUUUAUGGCUUCCUCUCGUUAUUAGUCCUUCCAGGAAUAAUUUCCUGCAAUUAUAUGAUUUGCACUAAAGUAUUGAAAUUACAGAAGAUAUCCUAUGAGAGUUUUGUUUAUAGAGUUGAAUAAAAAUGAAAUUAAGGUGAUCAAAGGAAGCAAAAGAGUAUGUCAAUGAUUGUAACACUUAACCUAUAAUGAAAGUGCACUAUUUGUACUUCUUCAAUGUACUUUCUGUCUUCCAGUAUGAUAAAAGACCCUCAUUAAAGUCAACUCCUCUCUCUGAA